AACACUGUGGGACAAUUUAUGCAUUGUAAGCAUGAGCAAUACUGAUAAUGAAUUUUGGUGCCUUCAUCUGCAGUAUAUUUUGUGGUUAUGACACAAUUUAUGAUUAGCUCAGUAAGCAGUUUUUUUUUUUUUUUUUACCAUGACGACUCACUGUGGUUAUAAGGGGAAGAGGACAUUAGACAUUACUUUUGGUCUUCGGCCAACUUCUCUUACUAAAAAGUUUGACUUCACUUCUACCGGUCACCAUUAGAAGACUUCAGCAUGGUGUCUGCUGUACUGCUUCAAUCCUUCAUCUGGAUCUCUCUGAUGGCAACAGGUGUGCAGUAUGACAUUACUCAUAUUAUCAGCAGUAUGUGUGUAGUUCGGCAGUCGACGGUGCUCAUACCCUGCAAAUACACUCAUCCUCAACGUGAGCAGGUGAGCGCAGUGGAAUGGCUCCAUGAGAAAUCACCGGAGAAGAAGGUCAGAGUUUCUCAGGAUCCUGCGUUUGAAGGGCGCGUGGAGUUGCAGGCUGACGCGGGAAAUUGCUCGCUGCUGCUGAGGGACGUGAAUGAGAGCGACGCGGGUAUCUUUCGUUUUGUGCUCAGCACUGGAUCCGGGCGAAACUGGACAAACGCUCAGGGAAUCCGUCUCGAAGUAACUGAUGCGGAGGUGGAGGUGAAGACCCAGUCUGACAAUGUGACGGAGGGAGAUUGGAUUUUGUUUAUCUGUGGUUCAUGCAUCCCCUCCAUGACUGUACCAACCUACAUCUGGAGGAAAAACGGGCAUCUGCACAGUCAACGCCAUGGGGACAAUAUGCUUGAUUUGGAGUCUGUCGGGCUGGAGGACAGAGGCCAAUAUUUCUGCACCAUAAGCGGUCAUGAGGGACUCAACUCCACCUCUGUUAACAUCACUGUUAGACCUGGAUAUCCUCCACAGAACGUCUCAGUGUCCAUCAGUCCGUCUGGUGAAAUAGUGGGAGAUUCAGUGUCUUUGAGCUGCAUUAGUGACGCAAAACCACCUGCAGAAAUCAGCUGGUUUAAGGAGAAUGAAACCUCAGCUGUUGGAUCUGGACAGAGUUUCAGCAUCUCCAGCUUUAACUCCAGUUUCAAUGGACGCUUCUACUGUGAGGCUCAGAAUAAAUAUGGAUCUCAGAGAUCAGCAUCUGUUUCUCUCACUGUUAAAGCUGAAGAAAGCAGCUGGUCUCUGAUCACAGUCACAGUGGGAAUCACUGCAGCUGUUGUCUUGACUGUGAUUGUGAUGCUGUUGAUCAGAAGGAAACGAGUGACUCCAUCAGAAGAGCAAAAGCACAGAGGAUCACAACAACAUAAAACAGUCGAGUCUCCUGAGGACGCCUACAUGACCCUUGACCCCAAGUCCAGAUGUUCUGAAUACGACACACUGGAUAAUAUGAAGAGAUCAUGUGACACAGACGACCCUGAAGAUCAAGAUUCUACAUAUUAUAACACUGGCAAAUGAUUAAUCCAAGUGGUCAUAUCAUUAUAUUUUUUUAUUAUUUACUGCUAUUUACUGUCCCUUUGAGAUACAAUUAUAACAUUAGUAAGAUUUCCACCCUCUCUCUGACUAAGAAUUUAACGGUUGAUAUUUGCUUCUGCACGUCACAGUUGUAGAAGUUCAGAAUUAACCAAUUUUAAAGGUUAGUUUAAUCUGUUUUGCAGAAAAUCGAGCUGUGUAUGAUAGUCUCAUGUCUUUAUUUCAUGAUAACAAAAUUCUGAUUCUCUCACUAUGAUUAUUUGCUUACAGUUACAUGUAUCUUCCUCUAGAUGGCGCGUCAGGUCGGUAAGGCUGUAGAGGUGUGCAGUGACGCGCUGUCCGAGGUGCUGAUCACUCACACAUCAACUGUUCUUCUGUUACAAAAUAAAAGAGAGGGGCACAAAAAUGUAAAUUGUGAAAAUAA